AUGGGCCCUGACCAGGAAUCUGACCAGCGACCUCCUGGUGCAAUCCAGCAGGUCUGCAAGAACAAAAAUUACUCUUCAGGAAACAAAGACAAUUCAGGUUUAACAUUCAUCAUGUCCAGUGUACAAUCAGAAAUUCCUAGACUUGCAAAGAAACAAAAAAACAGCUUCCAAAUGGAGAUAAUUCAGUUGAUAGAAACUGAGAUGGCUCAGUUACUGGAUUUAAAAUACAAAGACAUGUCAGCAGUUAUUAUGAAUAAUUUUAAAGUCUUGAUGGGAAAUCUGGACUUAAUGGUUGAAGAGAUGAGGGAAUCUCUUCAAAAUGACCUAAAGGAAAUUUUAGGAGUAAGACGUACAAUACCUGAAAUAACAAAUCGAAAGAAUUCCAGUACUAGCAAAGAGUGGCGACAAAUAAAAGAUGCCAUGGCAGUAAAAACAGGAUUGGUAGAAAAAUUAGAAGACAGCUGUGUUGAGGAUAUUGAAAAUUUGACCUUUGAAAGCAGCAAAAUAGUUAAACUCGGUAGCAAGUUUGACAAAGCUAAAGAGUGCAAUACUAACCAAGGCAAGGAAUUGCCCCCAAAUGAAUCACAAAAUCACAAAGUCCUGGAAAACAUGGAAGAAGCCAUAGGUUAUACAGAUGACACGGGUAGAAAUUGCAACAUCCAUAUAGAAGUUACAGGAGAGGACCAAGAGCAUGGAGAGGAUGUGCUAGUCAAAGAAAUGAGAGAGGAAAACAUCCCUCAGAACUUCAAAAGUAAAGAGAAAAUUCUAAAAGCCUCCGAAGAAGGUGGAGCGAUACUUACAUUGACAGCAAACUUUUCAUCAGCAAAAUUGGACAUUAGUAAGCAAUGGAGUAAUGUCUUCAACAUUCUGAGGGAAAAUGAUUAUGAGCCAAAAAUUUUAUGCCAAGUUAAGCUGGCAUUUAAAUGUGAUGGUGAAACCAGGACUUUUUCAGACAUGCAAAGCCUCAGCAAAUUUAUCAGCCAAAAAUCUUUUAUGAAAGAAUUACUAAAAGAUGUACUCCCAGAAAAUGAAAAAAUAAAGAAAGAAGGAAGAAGAUACGGGAUUCAAGAAAAAAUGGAUAAAACUCUAAUAGCCUCAAAGCAUGGAGCUGAGGGAUCAACCAGUGAUGGCUUGAGCUUUCUAUUUAUUAAAGAGGUAAAGGUUCCUGAGCCAGACAAGGUAAAAAACUUAGAGGCUCAAGAGGAAGAGGCUUCAGAGUGGAAGGAAAAAGAAGCCUUUGAGGAAGAAGACAAAGAGGCUUUGGAGUUAGAGGAGGGAGAAGAGACCUCAGGGCUGGAGCAAGAGACUUCUGAGUCAGAGGAAGGAGAAGAGACCUCAGAGCUAGAGGAGGAAGACAAAGAGGCUUUGGAGUUAGAGGAGGGAGAAGAGACCUCAGGGCUGGAGCAAGGGACUUCUGAGUUGGAGGAAGGAGAAGAGAGCUCAGAGCUAGAGGAGGAAGGAGAAGCUUCAGAUUUGGAGGAGGAAAACACCUCAGGGCUGGAGGGAAAAGAAGCCUCAGUAUUAUGUAAAGAACAGCACUCAACCUUUCAGCAUUCUGCUAUGGCAAAUACAAAGCAUGGAGUUAAAAUAGCCUGUGAUGAGUUGAAUAUUUUAACUAAAAAGGUAGAAGAUUCUGAGCAAGAGGAGGAAGACUCUGAGUGGGAGUUGGAAGUGUUCUUAACAUGGGAGGAAGAAGGGGACUCUGAAGCAGAAAGCAGAAAGACUACCUCCCAGACUGAGGAAAAAGAGGCCUCAUGUCAACUUAAAGAACUUACCCAUAGUUAUUUGGCUUCAGGUUCUGAAAAGAAAAAAUCGAUGAAACACAGGCUAACAUCUAAAGAAACAGACUUACUACAAGAAACAGAAGAGAACUUUAGAAAAGGUGUAAUUAAUUUAUUCAGAGAGAUACAAGAGGAGAUUGGAAAUAUUAAAAGUUACCAUCCUGGAAAUAAAAAAUUUCCAGUCUUAGAAAUGAAAAGCUUGAUCGCUACUCUGAGUGCCAGAAUAGACAUGCUAGAGGAGAAAAUAAACAAUCUAGAAGGUCGAAUUGAAGAAUUUUUUAAGGAUACAAGGCAAAUUGCCAAACAGAUAAGAAAGAAAGAAAGAAUAAGAGAUGUAGAAGAUAGAUCCAGAAGCUCAAAUAUCCGUUUGAUAGGAAUUCCUGAAAAAGAGAAUAAAGAAAAUGGAGCAGAGGAAAUAGUUAAGGAAAUAAUUGAAGAAAACUUUACAGAGCUAAAGAAAGAUUCAAGUCUUGAGAUUGUCAGUGCCUAUCGAGUACCCAGUAAAAUUGAUGAAAAGAGAUUCACUCCUAGACACAUCUUGGUGAAAUUUGGGAACUGGAAUGAUAAAGAAAAAAUCAUACGUGCUUCCAGGGAGAGAGAAGAGAUAACCUACAGAGGAAUAAGAAUCAGAUUGACAGCAGACUUAUCACUGGGUACUCUGGAUGCUAGAAGUCAAUGGGGCAGUAUCAUCAGUGUUCUGCAGGCAAAAGGCUUUAAACCUAGAAUCCUAUAUCCAGCCAAAUUGGCAUUUGAUUUUGAGGGUAAAACAAAGAUCUUUUUUGAUACUGAAGAAUUCAGAAACUUUAUUUCGUGCAUACCCUCUUUGAAAGAAUUACUAGGGAGUAUAUUUUAGCAAUCUUUGUGAGUGUUAAUAUUUUCUUCCCACACCCAAAAUCAAGAAAAACUGGAAAAGUGCCACAAUUUUAUCCAAGAAGAUAAACAGCUAACAGUAUACUUGGGGAUGAGGGGAAAGGAAGAUUAGAUAUAUUACCUAGAUGCUGAUAAAUUUAAAGUGUGUGUUAAAAUUUUUAAUGUUCCUAACUUGUAAGGGAGGGAAUCUGUGUUAUAGACCGGGGGGAGGGUAGAGAUAAUAGAAAAGCCUAUGGGGAAAAUGCAAAAGUUGAACUCUUAUCAAGAGGAGGAUAUUUGAAUUUUAUAAUGUAAAUCUUAAAUCUUUAUUAAAGCUUUUCCUUUGAAGAUGCACUUGUUGUCAAAUAUUUUCCCAGUUUACAAUUUUCAAAUAAUUUUAAGAUAUACUUAAGCUUUACUCUUUAAUGCAUAAACCCAUUCAAUGGAGAGAUUAAAUCUCUUCCCUAAUGUUAGAUAUUAGUUUUUUCACAAUGUUUGCUUCCUGAGGAAUGAAAUGAAUUGAUUUGCAAUGUAUAAGUAACUGAGGAGAAAUUAAGGAGAGAAUGAUGCAACUAUUUCAUGACUUAUUACAACGGCUCAUUUAGUAUAUUCAAUUUACUAAAAAAGAAAGUACCCUCUACCCAGCAUUUGAAACCAGCCUCUCCUUUCUCAGUUCAGUCCUUCUUCUUCUGGUCUUCAAGGACCUUCUGCAAAAUGGUUAUUACAAUGCUCUGGCCUCACCAGACCUGGCUUUGAUAUCUAAUUCUGUGUGACUCCAGGGAAAUUCCUAACCUCUCUCGAGUCUUAGGUUCCUUAUUCUGUAACUGGGUUAAUUCCUUAGAGGCUUUUUGUAAAGGUUCUGUGAGGUGGUAUUUGUGCCCAACAUAAGAGUCUUCAGUAGAUGGGACAUCUUGCUUUUUGCUGUACAGGUACAGAGCAUGGCUGGUUGCCCUUUUCACUUAUAGACUGGUAUGAGAACCACAGAAGGUCCCUUUUGUGUUGGAGGUGGGUGGAUCAGAAAACUAGAAACAAUCAUAGCUACCACAUUAUCUUUCUACUUUCUUGCAUCUUUGGCUUAUAGGUUUUAUUCCCCUUUUUACUUUUUCCCUUGUGAAAUAAUACUCAACAAGAAGCUGCAAAAUUACAACAGUCCCACAUACUUUUCACCCUGCUUCUUCCAGUAACAUCUUACAUAAAACUGUAGUACAAUAUAAAAAUCAGGAAAUGGACAUCACAUUUUAGGUUUACACGCCCAAUAUAACAAAUGACCACAAACUUGAUGCCUUAAACGUUUUCUUAUGGUUAUAGGGGCCAGAAAUCCAAAACCUUACUGCUGGACUGAAAUGUGUGUGCGGAACCCUCCAGAGGCUCUGGGGGUGCUGGCAUUCCUUGGCUUGUUGGCUAACCAUUCCAAUUUCUGCCUUUUCUAUGGUAAAAUCUCUUGCUUCAUAAAGAUGCUUGUUGGACUGCAUUUAGAGUUCACCCAGAUGAUCCAAGAUAAUCUCAAGAGCCUUAACUUACAUUUGCUAUGGAUAAAGUAAAAUGUGGUUCCAGCAGUUAGAACCUGGGAUUUUGGGGGGCUAUUUAGGCUCCCACACAAGACUACAGGCUUCACUAAAACUCCACUAGGUGUUAGGCAUACGUGUAUCUAGCUCUCUGCACUCUUGUGUAGAUUUAUGGAACCAUACUCAAGGUACAGAACUGUUAGUCCCAGGGAACUCAGGCCUCCAUGCCACCUUUUUGUACCCGGCUGCUAAGCACUAGUUCUCUUUCUGUUGGCAGGAAUUGGACCACAAGAUAGUUAAGGUUAUGUGCUCUCUUGAGAAAUAAUACACCCUUUGAGGGGUAUUACUUUGGGUAUUUCAAAGUUGUGCCAGCCUAGAUGCACAAGAAUGGACAGAAAGGGCUAGUUAAAACCUUUCACUAAGAAGUUGUAGGCUUGAGGCAUGACCACCCACCAUGACCUGUCUGUCUGGUUAGGAAUUUAGGAUCAGAUCACCUUGUGAGGUCACUCCAAAGAACCCCAUUUUUUGUCCAAACUUGCCAACUGCCUUCCCCAAAUUGUUUCCAGAGGCCCACAUAGUGAAGGCUAAGUUGCCCAGAUUCUCUAUUUCCUACUCACUAGAAAUGUGUUACUGUUGUGAUGGGACUUAAUCUUGGACCUACAGGACUUUUAUGCUAAAAUAUUUCUGAGGGCCAGCUGGCAUGGCUCAGUGGU